AUGCUCGCCGCAUCUCGUGCCGCGCUCCCCCGCCCUCACAAGCUCAUGCAGAGCGCCUCGGCCGCCCAGCGCCGCUACAUGGGCUCCAAGGACGUCGUUUUCGGCAACGAUGCUCGCCAGGGCAUGCUCAAGGGUGUCGACACCCUCGCCAAGGCUGUCUCGGCCACCCUCGGCCCCAAGGGCCGUACCGUCAUCAUCGCCCAGAGCUUCGGUGGGCCCAAGAUCACCAAGGACGGUGUGUCGGUCGCCAAGGCCAUCACUCUCAAGGACCCUGUUGAGAACCUCGGUGCUCGCCUCGUCCAGGACGUUGCGUCCAAGACCAACGACACUGCCGGUGACGGUACUACCACCGCGACCGUUCUCGCGCGCGCCAUCUACUCUGAGGGUGUGAAGAACGUUGCCGCUGGCUGCAACCCCAUGGACCUCCGCCGUGGUGCCGUCAAGGCCGUUGAGAAGGUCCUCUCGGUCCUCGAGGCCAACAAGCGCGUCAUCACCACUUCGGAGGAGAUUGCCGCUGUUGCCACCAUCUCGGCCAACGGCGACAAGCACGUUGGUUCGAUCAUUGCCCAGGCCAUGGAGAAGGUUGGCAAGGAGGGCGUCAUCACCGUCAAGGAGGGCCGUACCAUCUCUGACGAGAUUGAGAUCACUGAGGGCAUGCGCUUCGACCGCGGCUUCAUCUCGCCAUACAUGAUCACGGACGCCAAGAACCAGCGCGCCGAGCUCGAGAACCCCCUCAUCCUGCUUUCGGAGAAGAAGAUCUCGGCUCUCCAGGACAUUCUCCCCGCGCUCGAGAUUGCUGCUCAGCAGCGCCGCCCCCUCCUCGUCAUUGCCGAGGACGUUGACGGUGAGGCUCUUGCUGCCAUUAUCCUCAACAAGCUCCGUGGCCAGCUCCAGGUUUGCGCCGUCAAGGCCCCCGGCUUUGGCGACAACCGCAAGUCGAUCCUCGGCGACAUUGCCAUCCUCACCGGCGGCACCGUCUUCACUGACGAGCUUGACGUCAAGCUUGACAAGGCCACUCCCGACAUGUUUGGCCAGACUGGCUCGGCCACCGUCACCAAGGACGACACUAUCGUUCUCAACGGCAGCGGUGACAAGCAGACCAUUGCUUCUCGCUGCGAGCAGAUCCGCGGCGUCAUUGCCGACCCCAGCACCUCGGACUACGACCGCACCAAGCUUCAGGAGCGCCUGGCCAAGCUUGGCGGCGGUGUUGCCGUCAUCAAGGUCGGUGGCCACUCGGAGGUUGAGGUCGGAGAGAAGAAGGACCGCUACGACGACGCCCUCAACGCAACCCGCGCUGCCGUUGAGGAGGGUAUCGUUCCGGGUGGUGGCACUGCUCUCCUCAAGGCCUCGGCACAGCUCGAGGACCUCGAUGUUGAGAACUUUGACCAGAAGCUCGGCGUCAGCAUCAUCCGCAACGCCAUCCGCCGCCCUGUUCGCACCAUUGUCGACAACGCCGGCGAGGAGGGCACUGUUGUCGUUGGCCGUCUCCUCUCGGACGAGUUUAUCGCUGCCGACAAGUUCAACUGGGGCUACGACGCCGCCACCUCGCAGUACCGCGACAUGAUUGCCGCCGGUAUCCUCGACCCCCUCAAGGUCGUUCGCACCGCUCUUUCUGACGCUUCGGGUGUCGCCUCCCUCCUCACCACCUCGGAAGCUUGCGUCGUUGACGAUGAGACCAAGAGCCCGUCUAUGCCCAUGGGCGGUGGAAUGCCCGGCAUGCCCGGCAUGGGAAUGAUGUAG